AUGCGUGACGAUAUAACCACCAUAGACGUUACGAGUAUUCGUUCUGGACGCUCGGAGCGAACAAAACUGCGCCAAGUACGAAGUAUUUCUAUCGAUGAGAACCCGUUCAGAACCCAAGACACAUCAAUGGCUGCGUCCGUGGCAGAAUCUGUCAUUCUGGAGCCGGCGCCGUCGUAUAAAAAGUCUGGCGCCGAAAUCCAUCGCCCUAGACCACUUGAACUUGAGACAAACGACAACCUUCAGUCUCAGGCCUCAAUUCCGUCCCAGUCUUUAACUCCUCCCUCCCCAGUGUCUCCUGUCAAACAAAACUACGACCACUUGCACCCCGUGUCGAGAAAAUUCACCAUUCUCACCACCAACUAUAUCGACUGGUUUGUCUACCUUCUUCUUUUCAUUGUGUCGCUACCAUUCUACUACAUCAGGUCCAUCCACACCUUCCUUCCGUACCACUUGGGACUCACCAUUCUUGCGUACUAUAUUGCCAUUCUUAUUCCCCAGCGGUGGCCUCAAUUACGGAAAAUAGCCCAUCCGAUAUUGAUCCUGACAGCAGAAAUUUUAUUUUGUUGCUUCAUUGGCUCGUUGAUCUACCAUAAGGGGCUGCCCAAGGGCUUUCUUGACGACUUGAAGUACUACAAGACUGGGAAAAACUACUUGAACUUGUUCAACAAUCGAAUUGUCAUCGACAACAGCAGAGAACAUGCCAUGGACCCAAGCAACUUUACGGCAACUCCAAAGUGGCCGGGAUGCGGCGAUGUGCUCUCAUCUUUGAUGGACAUCUCCAUUGUGUCACUAUCGCUUCCCAUGUUCACACAUCGUCGUGAUUUCGUAAAGAACUUUUGGGUAUUGGUUCCUCCCAUUCUCGCUUCCAUCGCCUUGACAUUUUUUAUUUAUCCAAUUGUGAGCUACAAAAUCGGUAUCCAGUCCGAGAGAGCCAUUGGCUUCAUAGGUCGCUCUGUGACCCUCGCUCUUGGUACUCCCUUGAUCACGGCUUUGGACGGGUCAGUAUCGUUGAUGGCCGUUUGCACCAUUCUCAGUGGUAUAUGUGGAGUUUUGAUCGGCGAUACAUUGUUCAAAUUCUUGCGAGUUCCAGAGGGAGAUUUCGUGACGAGAGGCGUCACCAUGGGUAUAAAUUGUGGAGCAAUUGCUACGGCUCAUCUUCUUAAUGUGGACCCUCGAGCUGCGCUGAUGAGCUCAUUGAGUUUCAGUAUUUUUGGAACAGUUAUGGUGAUCAUGGCAGCUAUUGGCGCCAUCAAGCAAUUGAUAAAUUCCUGGGUGGGGCUCUAG